UGCACAUUCAGGAGCUGGGGAAGAGCACACCGCUGCUGCCGUGUCAUCGUCGUUGUUGCUGUUGUUGAUUUUGUUGUCGCACCUGGAGAAAUGGCUCUCAGAAGGUCUGACCAGAAAAAAGAACCCAACAUUGAGCUGUUCAUUAAGGCAGGUCUCGACGGAGAGAAUAUUGGGCACUGCCCGUUCUGCCAGCGUCUCUUCAUGGUUCUGUGGCUUAAAGGAGUUAAGUUCACCGUAACCACCGUUGAUAUGAAAAAGAAACCAGAAGAACUCAAGGACUUGGCACCCGGGACCAACCCCCCUUUCCUCCUGUACAACGGAGAGCUCAAAACCGACUUCCUGAAGAUCGAAGAGUUUCUGGAGCAGACUCUUGCGCCCCCUAGGUAUCCUCACCUCAGCCCACAGAAUAAGGAGUCCUUUGAUGUUGGCAGUGAUAUCUUUGCCAAGUUCUCCGCAUACAUCAAGAACAGCUCAGCAAACACAAAUUUCGAGAAGGCUCUGCUGAAGGAGUUCAAGCGGCUCGAUGACUACCUGCAGACCCCACUCCCCGAGGAGAUCGACCCCAACAGCACCGAAGACCUGCUCGUCUCCCGGAGGAAGUUCCUGGACGGAGACCGGCUGACCCUGGCGGACUGCAACCUGCUGCCCAAACUGCACGUCAUCCAGAUAGCGGCUAAGAAAUACUGUGAUUUCGAAAUCCCGACUCACUUCACGGGGGUGUUGCGCUACCUAGAGAACGCCUCACAGAGGGACGAGUUCAGUCACACCUGCCCUGCCAAUGAAGAGAUCGAGCGGGCGUACGCCUUCGCAGCAAACAAGACGAAAUGAGCUGUGACCCGCGGCCAGGACUCGCAAAACUGCACCAGCACAGCGAAGAUCAUGGCGGCCAGAGAAAUUCACUCAACUUGCUUUUAAGAUGUUACAUGUCUAUAGCUUUUUAUACUCCAAUACAGGCAGGAGUGGGGUUCCGUUAGCAAACCACUGCUCCGAGUGCUGGAUACAAGAGACGGAGAUGAUGAUGAUGAGGAGAAAAGCCCUCUGAGAAUGAGGGUUCAUUCUUAUUUAUGAAUCAUAACGUGCUGGUGAUAUACAGUAUUCCAUUUUACUACACUUUGAUAAUGUAGACAACUUGUAGAAUGAUUCUGGAGCAAAAUAGGUUUCAUGGUUUUGAUUCGUCAAAUAUUUUGGUCGCAAAUAUUUAUGGAUUUACAGUAUAUAGUAAUACUGCCACCCAGUGGUGAAAAAAUAAACUUACUCAUUCUAGCGUGCAUUUGUAAAGCCAGUUUUAAAGCUUUUGUUUGUGUCACUGGCAGUCAUAAAUGUUAUUGUGUAUAAUAUGUUUUAGCUUGUAAAUGUCGGAUUGUUUUUCCAUGUGUAAUUGUAUCAGUUAUUUAAAAAAAAAACCACUGCAUUAGCUUCCUUAAUCACCCCAUUUUGUAUUAAAAUGCUAAAUAGAGUAGAAGUUCUUCAUUUAAAUAUAAAUGCUUAAGUGCUUUUAGAUCCAAAUGAAAAAUGCAUUUAAAAAAUGUACAGCAAUAGUAUUGCGUUUAAUUACCACCCACAUAUAAAGUGAAAUAAUGUUUAA